UUUCAAGUAGAUACUUAUCUUGGCAUGGAAUUCCUAGAGUCAUUGAAUAAGGAGCAAAUCCUGCAGAUGCUCUCUGAUACCUUCUGCGACCAUUGUGAGGCUCGACUACAUCAAAAAAUUUCAAAUCUCUGUAAAAGAAACCACUAUGAAACCUCACAUGCUGCUGAUGAUGAUGACUACUAUGGAUCUUCUAGACAUACAUCCUACAAGUCCAGGAAUGGAAGGUACUAUGAAACCCCUUAUGCUGAGGAUGAUGAUGAUUAUUAUGUUUCCUCUACAGAUGCAUCCUACAAGUCUAGGAAUGGAAAGUAUUAUGAAACCCCUUUAGCUGAGGAUGAAGAUGGUUAUUACGUUUCCUCUACAGAUGCAUCCCACAAGUCCAGGAAUGGGAAGCACUAUGAAACAUCUUAUGCUGAUAAUGAUGACUAUGCAUAUUCUAGAGAUGCAUACUUCCACUCCAGAAAUGGUGAUGCUUUGGUGUUUCAUCAUCGAAAUCAUAGAGAAGAAGAGGAUAGUACAAGAAGCUAUAUCCAAAGGCAUGAAACUCCCUGGUUGAGGAAGCAUGAUAAUAGACUUGCUUUUGAUUCCACACCUAGAUAUUUGAAUCGCAAACGGCAAUCUAUAGUGCCAUCUGAUUUUGAGUUGCUACUAAGUGAUGGAAUCGGUGGAGCCUCAUUGUUUGAAUGCGGAUUGUCUGAGGAGCAAAAGGAGCAUAUCAGGUUUUCACUGGUUGGCAGAAAAAAGAACUUUGUUUACAUUGAAAGAAUUGGUGGGAGGGACAUAAAUGUUCUCCAGGGACUUGAACUUCAUAAUCAAGUAUUCAAUCCUGAGGAGCAAAGGAAUAUUAUCAAGUAUGUCGAUAAAUUGCAAGAGAUGGGUCAAAAAGGGCAGUUUAAAGGUAUAUGGAUUGAACUUCUGCCUUCCUAUUCUUUUCCAGUUCUCUAA